GGCGCAACAUGCUGGAGGAAGACAUGCCCGCCUGGAAGUGAUAUAACGCUGAGAUUGUGGUUGGGUCGGUGAAUGGCGGGAUCACGACGCCACGUGGGUGUGAUGUGUGACGAUCGUGACUUAUUGUCACGUUAGGCGUCGAACGCUUUUGCUCUUACCGCGAUGGCACAGGGAAAGACAAAGGGCCUGCAGGCCAAGUCUGGUCCUUCAGCUCGCCAGGCAUCAAAGGCGGCUGCAGCUACGAAGAAAGGAAAACGAUAUAUUCCACCCAAAAAAGCUGUCCUUGUCAAGCAGGCUGCAAUGCACAAGAAUCUUUCGGCUAAAAUCAACAAGUCGAUAGAGCAGCAAAUGGUGUCAGCUGCCUCCGCUGGGAAGUUGACCAUCAUGAAAAAUGCCGGUCCCGAAGCGUCUGGUUCGAAGAAGUCAUGAUUCACCAUGUUGCGCACAUUGCUCAUUUGAAUGGAGCGCCGACUGGAAUCUUCCGAUGAUCUUUGGGUUUGUUGUUAUCUUGUCGGGUACGAAGGAGUUGGGUCGAGGCGCGUGGAUGCAGCGGACGACAAGCCUAUAUGCGCUUGGGGUACUAAAUCAUCCGACUCGGACGAAAGAGACGUUCAACUCCGCGAUAUUCAUGAAUAAUAUGAACUCCAUCGAG